AUGGCUGCCCUCGACGCUCGCGCGAGGCUCGCUGCUCUCCGCGAGCUCAUGCGCGAGCGCAACAUCGGUGUAUACUGGACUCUGAUGAAGCAGGGUAUGCCCGACGUGCCGUCCUGGAGCGCUUGGCUGAAGGAGCUCGGCCCCACGACCCGCGUCGGUAUCGACCCUCACGUCCUUUCGGCGGCGGACGCGAAGCCCCUGUCCGAGGCGCUGGCCAAGGACCCGACCCGCUCCCUUGUUCCCGUGAACGAGAACCUCGUCGAUCUCGUCUGGGGCCAGGGCCGCCCCCCCCGCCCAUCCAACCCCAUCUUCCGCCUUGGGGACGAGUACGCCGGCGAGAGCGUCGGCUCGAAGCUGUCCAAGCUCCGCGAGAACCUCACCAAGACUGGCUCCCCCGGCACCGUCAUCACGAACCUGGACGAGGUCGCUUGGCUCUUCAACCUCCGCGGCAGCGACAUUCCUUACAACCCCGUCUUCUUCGCCUAUGCGAUUGUGACGCGCGACGACGCCACGCUCUACGUCAACCCCGCCUCGGUGCCGCAGGACGUGCGCGACUACCUGUCGCAGAACAACGUCGCCGUGCUCGAGUACGACAAGGUGUGGCCCGCGCUUGCGUCCUGGCGGCGCCUGAUUGAGGAGCAGAAGGCGGCCGAGAAGGCCAAGGCCGAGGCCGAGGCCGCCGCCGACCAGGAGCGCAAGGACAAGCUCCCGACGCCCGAGCCGCCCAAGCCCGAGCCCGCCGCUAACGGCGCCGGACCCAAGGAGAAGGUCCAGAAGACGGACAAGGUGCUGAUCGGGCGCAAGACGAGCUGGGCCGUCGCCAACGCCCUCGGCGACGAGAACGUCGAGGCCCGCCGAUCCUGGGUCGAGGACGCCAAGGCGCGCAAGAAUGCAGUCGAGAUUGAGGGAUUCCGCCGCUCUCACAUUCGCGAUGGUGCCGCGCUCGUGCGCUACUUUGCCUGGCUCGAGGAGGCGCUCGGCAAGGGCGAGAAGAUCAACGAGUUUGACGCCGCAACGCAGCUGGAGAAGUUCCGCGGCGAGAACAAGCUCUUCAAGGGCCUGUCGUUCGACACUAUCUCGUCUACUGGUGCCAACGCCGCCAUCAUCCACUACAAGCCCGACGAGGAGAACAGCGCUGUCAUCGAUGUCAACCAGGUCUACCUCUGCGACUCGGGCGGCCACAGCACUUUGGCACCCCGACCGCCGAGGAGAAGCGCGCCUUCACCCGAGUCGGCCACAUCGGUAUGCUUUCAUGUUCUUUUCAAGCUGACCCCAGGCCUCGACGAGAUGGUCUUCCCGGCCGGCACGACGGGCUACGUCCUCGACACUGUCGCGCGCCGUGCACUCUGGAAGGACGGCCUGGACUACCGCCACGGCACCGGACACGGCGUUGGCCACUUCCUGAACGUGCACGAGGGUCCGCAGGGUAUUGGUCCCCGCGUGGCGUACAAUGCCAUCGGGCUGCAGGAGGGCAUGGUGCUCUCGAACGAGCCGGGCUACUAUGAGGACGGCAAGUUUGGUAUCCGCAUCGAGUCGGUCGUGUGCGUCAAGAAUGCCCCGACGCCGAACAACUUUGGCGGCAAGGGAUACCUCGAGUUUGAGAACUUCACCAUGUGCCCGAUCCAGACCAAGAUGAUCGACCUCCGCCUCCUGUCGCAGGACGAGAAGGACUGGCUCAACAAGUACCACCAGGAGGUGCUUGCCAAGGUCAAGCCCGAGCUCGAGGCGCUCGGCGACCAGCGCGCCAUCGCGUACCUCGAGCGCGAGUGCGAGGUCAUCUAG